CAAUUUGCAAUGGCUUCUACUGGUAUGUUUGUUCUUAUCAUCUGGGUAAACGACGAUCCUAUCCAAGGCAACGUUGUGAAGGUUACAAACAUCGCUGAGCCACGCAAAGCCUUCAAUGAGUACAGUGUCGGUGAGACAGUAAAGUCAAAGUGCCCUGGUUUUCCUGGUGUACACAGCGGUGUUAUUGCAAAGAUUGGUUCUUUAGAAGAGAAGAAACAGCUAGAAGACAGUCUUAAAGGUGACCAGUUCAAUCAGCUUGUCAAGAAGUAUGUCAAAAAAGAUAAAGAGAAAAGAACAGAAAAGAUCCCUGACAAGACAUCUUCCAAAACUUCUGUAGUUGAGAAACCUGCAGUUCCUGCAAAAAAGCGCAAGACACAACAAGAAAAAUCAGCACCAAAACCAGUAGAGAAAAACCUUGAGACAGUUGCCAGAGAACUUGAAGUAACAGAGCUUCACCAGCAGCUUGAGGAAAACAGGUACUUACCAAUCAGCCAAGUUGUAAGAGAGUCGAUGGAUAUUUUGGUAUCGGAUUGUAGGCCUGGAACACCGGAGCGUGACGUUUGUAUUGACUGUACAGUUCUACAGGAGCAGGUACAGUCCAACACCAACCAGAUAUGUGGUCUACAAAACCAGCUUCAGUCCUUUAAUAGCCAGCUCCUUUCAACAAAGAGCCAACUGCAGUCUUCACAAAACCUCAACCAGAGCUUACAACAUCAACUUAGUAAUCUCCAAUAUUAUGUGCAGAUAAUGUGGAGUAAGAAUCAGGGUUGGCAUAAUUCCUCAUGCAAUGAGCCUGGUACUAGCAAUAGAGGUGAGAGUAGCUAUCAACAAAAUAGUAACAACAACCAACAGAUAUCAACAACUCAGUCAUCUACUACUCAGUCAUCAACUACUCAGUCAUCAACUACUCGGUUAUCAUCAACUCAGUCAACUGACCAUCAAUUAUCUUCAAUCUCAAACCAGCAGACAUCUUCAAACAGUAUUGCAUUGGCCACAUCACAUGAUGAAACUCUUGACAUCAGUAUUCCAGAUGGUACAACACAUAUAGAAUCUGCCAAUUCAUCAUUUAUUCAGGAUACAGCAGCCUCUUCCACAGUUGCCUUUUACAACAACUACACACAGGAAAUCUUAGAAGCCAAGGUUUCGAAAUUAAAAAACUAUAGUAAAUGUGCAAAGGUAUUACUGAGACUGCUAUACAGUGACCAGGAGCGCCAGGGGAGAAGUAUAUCUGGUGUUGCUGCUAAUUCUAAGUAUGAGGCCAAACCAGCCCUACAACACCCUAACAGAAUUCAGGUUAUUUAUGAUAUCAUAUUCAAGAAGUGGCCCAAUGUGUCCAAAAAGGAUAUCAACGGCAAGCUAGCAGAAUGCCUAAAACCAAGUGCCAGCAUUGCCAAGUAAUCCAGUUUGGAAGGAAAAAAAUGAUUUUGUUUCCAUGGUUGAUGAUCAAACUGUCUUUUUCAAAUAGUGCGAUUGAUGAUUAAACUGUCUUUUUCAAAUAGUGCAUUACUUUGUAGACAUAUAUUUAUUCAUAGUACUUGACAUGUAUAAGUCAUUUUCAAAUGUAUGGUAAAAUAGAGCUUCCCUUUUAGUAAUUUCUUA